AUGAAGCCUCGUCUACCAAAACUGAAAGCUAGCUUAAAAAAAUUACGAUUCAAAGGCGAUACAAUAUGUCCGACCGGCAUGUUUCGAUGCGCAGACGGCAAGUGCAUCCCAGCACUGUGGGUCUGCAACUACCAACAGGAUUGUGAGCGGGGCGAGGAUGAGCUGCAGUCUUGCCAGGCCCCAGAAUGCGAGGCCGGUCAACUGACGUGUGGGCAGUAUGUGUGGAAUAAGACAUAUUGCAUCCCGCCACACUACCGUUGUGAUAUGCAUGUUGACUGUGUAGAUGGCACCGACGAAGCCGAUUGCACUUAUCGGAAAUGCCAAGUAGAUGACUUUCAAUGUGGAAUGCAAAACUCUGGAUAUGGGAAGAUUUCCACAACACAGGGACCAUGUAUACCGAAAGAAAAGAAAUGUGAUGGAUAUUUAGACUGUAGAACGGGCAAAGAUGAAGAGGAUUGUCCGGGCAGCCCGCUCAGCUGCCGACUUGACCAGUUCCGGUGCUCCGCUGGAGAUAAGUGUGUGGACGCCAGUGCUAAAUGUGACCAUAAAGAUGACUGUGGAGACAACUCGGAUGAGGCAAAUUGCAGUUUCCCGCCCUGUCACAUAGGGCAGUUCCGUUGUAGCAACGCCCUCUGUAUCCCGGCGACUUACCACUGCGAUGGGUUCCGGGAUUGUGCGGACGGGUCGGACGAGGCCAACUGCACGGCGAUUUCGUGUCCCGACAAUAAGUACCUGUGUCCCCGGGGAGGACCCGCCGGGACCCACAAAUGUAUAGCGCGAGCACAGCUAUGUGACGGAAAGAAGGAUUGUGAGGAUAACGCUGAUGAAGAAGCGGCCUGUUCAACGUCAUCAUGUCCGGCCCUUGGUUGCGAAUCAACAUGUGUGGCGUCCCCUUUGGGUGGCGCAUGCGCAUGCGGCGAAGGACUGACUUUGGCUCCCGAUGGUCGAUCAUGUGUGGACAGGGACGAGUGCCAAGAAUGGGGACCCUGCCAUCAGCUCUGUGUUAAUACACCUGGAUCGUACAAAUGUGGCUGUGCCCCCGGAUACACGUUGACAGACGGCAGCAGUUGCAAGGCGAACGCCGAGACCCCAACUUUAGUGUUGGCUCACGAGAAGGGUCUCCUGCGCCUGGACUUGGACAAACGCAUUCCCACAACUCUCGCUAACGCAUCUUCCGCAGCCGGACUCGAUUACCACUACAGAAGGAACUUGCUCUUCUGGUCCGAUCUUAAAACACGAAAGAUUCACGCUCAGCAUCUGAGCGGAGGGGCGGGUCCGGCGGGCGUGGGCAGCUACGUGGGAGGAGACAUCAGCGUAGCGGGGUCAUGGGCGCCUGUGGCACUGGCCGUUGACUGGGUCGGAGACAAACUGUACGUGGCCGAUGCUGUCGGCCAGAAAGUGGACGUGUUCGAGCUGGACGGCCGUUGGCACGCGGUGGUGCUGGGAUCUAACCUCACCAGUCCUGCGGACAUUGCGCUAGAUCCUACGCUAGGGUUAAUGUUCGUCGCGGAUAGCAGCCAGAUAAUUCGCGCCAACAUGGACGGCACCCACGUCCGCUCUCUGGUCUCCGAGGCCACGUACAAGGCGUCAGGCAUCGCAGUCGACAUUAUCGCCCGCCGCGUGUUCUGGUGUGAUUCGCUCCUGGACUACAUCGAGACCGUGGACUACGAGGGCGCCAAUCGCUUCCUGGUCCUGCGAGGCCAACAGGUGCCCAGCCCGGCGCGCCUUGCGCUCUUCGAGGACAAAGUGUUUUGGUCCGACACCACGAAGCAGGGCGUCAGUGCGGUCAGCAAAUACCUCGGCUCUUCCUCCAUCGAGAGCGUGUACAAGAUCAAAGACAUCCGCGAGCCCAAGGCGCUCACCGUGGUGCACUCGCUGAAGCAGACCUCGGUCAACAAUCCGUGCGGCAACAACAAUGGCGGCUGCGCCCACAUGUGCAUCGUCACCGCCCUGCUGAACGGCGGCCUCGGCUACCGCUGCGCCUGCAACGUCGGCUACAGCCUCGAGACCGACCUAAAGAACUGCGACAUCGUCGACGAGUUCCUCAUGUACUCGCAGCAGAGAUUCAUAAAGGGCAAAGUCUUGUAUCCCGUCAUCGAGGGCUUCAACGACGCCAUCCUGCCCGUGGUCUCGCGACGCGCCCGAUUCGUCGGCUUGGACUUCGACUCGAGAGACGAGUACAUCUACUACUCGGACGUCUUGCAAGACGUUAUAUACAGAGUCCACAGGAACGGAACCACCAAGGAGAUCGUGCUGGCUUCGCACAACGAAGGCGUCGAGGGUCUCGCCGUCGAUUGGGCGUCGAAGAACCUGUACUAUAUCGACUCCAGAAAGGGCACUCUAAACGUCUUAUCCACCAGAAACAUCGCAUACAAAAGAACGCUUCUCAAAGAUCUGAAAAGACCGCGGGCUAUUGUGGUACAUCCCAACAAAGGCUUCAUUUUCUUCUCGGAGUGGGAUCGUCCCGCCAACAUCAGCAGGGCCAACACGGACGGCAGUGGACUGCUGGUGUUCGAGAACGUGACGCUCGGCUGGCCCAACGGCCUGUCCAUAGACUUCGACGCCGACCGCGUAUACUGGUGCGACGCGCUGCUCGACCACGUGCAACACGCCAAACUGGACGGCACGGACGUCAAGACCGUCAACUCUAGACUGAUCAGGCAUCCCUUCUCCAUAGUCAUCUACAAAGAGUUCAUGUACAUAACGGACUGGCGGCUGGACGCCAUCGUGCGUCUACACAAGCUGACGGGCGAGCAGGAAGACAUUAUGGUUCGAGAGCCGCAGACUAACAGGUUGUACGGAGUGAAAGUGUACAGUCGCCAGGUGCAAAGGAUAGACCCGAACCAGCCGUGCUCCGUGAACAACGGGAACUGCCAGAAGUUUUGUUUUGCGGUACCGCGAAAUGCUACGGAGCUGCUGACGGUGAAAUGCGGGUGCCCCUACGGGGAAAAGUUAGCCGUCGACGGAACUCGGUGCAUCGCUGACCCUGCCGCCGAACCUCCCUUGCAGGCCUGUCCCAACACCUGGGACUUCACCUGCAACAACCAACGCUGCAUCCCAAAAAGCUGGGUGUGCGAUGGAGACGAUGACUGUCUGGAUAACAGUGAUGAAGAACAAAAUUGUACGAAGUCGACGUGCAACGCGUCGGAAUUCAUGUGCAAAUCCGGACGAUGCAUUCCGGCGACGUUUAAAUGCGACUCCGAGAACGACUGCGGAGACUUCUCGGACGAGACCGGAUGCGUCAACGUGACCUGCAGCGCCUCGCAGUUCCAAUGCGACAACGGCCGGUGCGUGCCGAAUACCUGGAAGUGUGACUCGGAGAACGAUUGCGGAGACGGUUCGGAUGAAGGGUCGCACUGCGCCGAGAAGACGUGUGCUUAUUUCCAGUUCACGUGUCCCCGCACGGGGCACUGCAUCCCCUCGUCGUGGGUAUGCGACGGAGACGACGACUGCUUCGACAAACAGGACGAGGCCGACUGCCCGCCCGUCUCUUGCCUCGCGUCGCAGUUCAAGUGCGCCGACCUCAAGCAGUGCGUGCAGGAGGCGUACAAGUGCGACGGUAUCCCGGACUGCAACGACGGCUCGGACGAGGCCGGCUGCCCUUCUCUGGCACCGCACCAGUGUGCGCCCGACAAGCAGUUCCAGUGCCGCACCUCGGGCAUCUGUAUUCCGCACACCUGGUACUGCGACGGCACCCCGGACUGCGAGGACCUAUCGGACGAACCGGCGGCGUGCGGCUCCAUGUCCUGUCCCUCGGGCCACUUCCGCUGCGGCAACGGGCGUUGCGUCUUCCGCUCUUACGUCUGUGACGGACGAGACGACUGCGGGGACAACUCCGACGAAGGCCUGGAGCACGCCUGCAAGCCUCCCCCGUUCCGGUGCCCAUCCAACCAGUGGCAAUGCCCCGGUGUCACCGACCGUUGUGUCAACAUUACGCAAGUGUGCGAUGGCAAUAUGGAUUGUCCCAAUGGCGCCGACGAAGGUGAGGGAUGUGACUUGGGCGAAUGUCAGCACCGCAACGGGCUCUGUUCCAACGAGUGCAAGCAGACUCCGUCGGGUCCCCUGUGCCUGUGCCCCAGCGGGGAAGAGCUGGAGGCGGACGGCUUCACGUGCCGCGACAUCGACGAGUGCCAGCCGGCCGGCCUCUGCUCGCAGGUCUGCUUCAACACCAAGCGCUCUUACUUCUGUAGCUGCAUCGACGGGUAUCAGCUCGCGGCUGACAAGCACUCCUGCAAAGCGAACAACCACUCCAGCGCCUUCCUCAUCAUCUCCAACAGACACUCCAUCCUCGUGGCCGACCUCAACGAGCAGGGUCUGGAACGAGUUCCGAUCAACGUUGAAAACGUCGUCGCGACCGCCUCCAACAUGCACACCGGCACCAUAUUCUGGUCGGACAUGAAACUGAAGACCAUCUCGAGGUUGGACCGGGGUAGCGAGCCCCAAAUUCUCAUAUCCACGGGCCUGGAUCUAGUCGAGGGCUUGGCUUACGACUGGGUCGGGGGAAACGUAUACUGGCUCGAUAGCAAAUUGAACACCAUCGAGGUCGCCAAGGAGGAUGGCAGUUCCCGAACCGCUCUCGUCAGCGCGAACAUCACUCAGCCCAGAGGCAUGUGUCUGGACCCCGCUCCCGACGCGAGGUGGCUGUUCUGGACCGACUGGGGUGAGAACCCGCGCAUCGAAAGAGUCGGAAUGGACGGGACGCAACGCACGGCCAUAAUAACCACUAAAAUUUACUGGCCCAACGGAUUAACUCUGGACACGGCCACGCAGAGAGUGUACUUCGCGGACUCUAAACUGGACUUUAUCGACUUCUGCUACUACAACGGCUCCGGCCGGCAGCAGGUGCUCGCGGGAAGCCACUAUUUGCUGCAUCCCCACUCGCUAACGCUGUUCGAGGAUACGCUGUACUGGACGGAUCGACAGCUAAACCGGGUGCUAUCGGCUCACAAGUUCAAGGGCACCAACCAGACGGUGGUCUCUCACCUGAUCUCUCAGCCGCUGUCCAUCCACGUACAUCACCCCUCGCUGCAGCCCCAGUACGCGUCUCCUUGCAAGCCCGACUCGUGCCAGCACAUCUGCCUGCUCAGCCCCAAGGGUGCCGGCAGCUACACCUGCAUGUGCAGGCCCGGCUUCAAACUUUUGCCUGAUGGAAAAUGUACAGAGGAAGAAAGUCCGUACUUAAUGGUACUAAAAGGAUCACAGAUCAUCGAUCUGUCGACCGAUGGCUCGGGAAGAGCGGGUCAAUUACCUCCCGUUGUCGGAAUCCAAGGCGGUGUUCAGCUGGACUACGAUCGCCAAGGCCACAUGUUGUACUGGCUUCAAUCAAUAUCGGGAGAUGGCGAGGAUGACGAAAACUGCACCGUGUACAACAUGCCGUACGGUGGGGGAAGCAAGGCGGAGUUCCUCGGACAGGACAGUGGCGUCGUGGGGGCUCCGUCCUCCAUAGCAUUCGACUGGCUGGGACGGAACUUGUACAUGGCUAACAGAGUCGCCAGUAAUAUUGAACUCAUCAGAGUCGAUGGCAAAGUCAAGUACAGAACUAUUGUCUUUGCGAACGACGGCAGCAGGAACUCGAUCGCCAAACCUAAGGAUAUCUGUCUGGAUCCCACAGAAGGAAAGAUUUACUGGGCCGACGAAGGAGGUUACGGAGUACCAACGAAGAUCGGGAAAGUAAAUAUGGACGGAACGUAUCCGGUCAUAUUAGUGGACGCCAUAGAGAGACCGGCAGCGGUCACCGUCGAUAUCGAGAAGAAACUUAUCUACUUCAGCACCCAGUUCCCGGCCAGCAUCAACAGCGUCAACACGGAAGGAAACGACAGAAAGACUAUUCUCACGGAGGCGCAGGCCAUCGCGUAUCCCAAAGUCAUCGCCGUCUUGGACUCGAGGCUCUACGUACUAGAUCAGCGGUACGAAAAGAUUUUCAAAGCCGACCUCCCCAACGGCGACAACGUCAAGGUCAUCCUGGACAACGAGAGCGACCUCAAAUCGCUGACAAUAUUCCAAAAGAGGAAAACUAUUCACCAUCCGUGUCUCCAGAGCAACGGAGGAUGCGAGCAGAUAUGCAUCCCAAGCGAGGGCGGCUCUCGCGUCUGCGCCUGCUCCGUCGGCUACAGGAAGGAGAACGAAGUGAACUGCGUACCUUACAAGACGUUCGCGGUGGUCUCGCAGCUGGACAUCAUUCGCGGCUACAGCCUCGAGGGCAGCGCCGAGGCCAUGGUGCCCGUCACCGGCCUCGGACACCACAUCCUGCACGUGGACGUCCACUUCGCCGACAACUACAUCUACUGGGUCGAGUUCAAUCGAGGCACGUGGAAUGGAAUAUUUCGUAUUCGUCCCAACGGUACCGAAUUGCAGCACGUCAUCAAGGACGGCAUCGGCAGCAACGGAAUCAGGGGUUUGGCGGUGGACUGGGUGGCCGGCAACCUUUACUUCACGAAUGUCUUCCCGCACGAGAACUACGUGGAGAUGUCGUGGCUCGACGGAUCACACCGAAAAGUGAUAGUGAAGAGGACCAUGGACGCCCCGCGCGAGUUGGCCGUCAACCCUAUAAAGAGGCUCCUGUACUGGAUAGAUUACGGGCAAUAUCCGCGUAUCGGCAAGUCGUACCUCGACGGAAGCAACUGGCAAACUCUUAUCACUUCGGGGAUAUCCAAUCCGAGAGAUUUGACCAUCGAUAUGCUCACGCACGACGUGUACUGGGUCGAUUCGAAACUGGACCAAAUUCAGAAAAUUUCAUACAGUGGGGGAAACAGACAGUUGAUUCGAUCGAACUUGCCGAACCCGAUGGGCAUAGCGAUUCACACCGGCAGCGUCUACUGGGUCGACAGGAACUUACAAACGAUCUACAAAGCUUCCAAGCUGCCAGGAAACAUGUCUAUGCCCGAGAAGCUGAGAACCAAUCUUCCUAAGCUGCGAGACAUUGUUAUAUUUGACAUAAACAGUCAGCCGACGGACGAAAACAAUCCGUGUAGGAAACUGGGCAACGGAGGAUGUGACCAACUGUGCUUCAGCUACCCGCCCGACGCCAACAUGGGAUACACGCAUCGCUGUGACUGCGCCACCGGACAGAUAUCGGCCAACAAUCCCAAGAAGUGUGAUGUGGUCGAUGAAUAUGUAGUCUUCACCACGAGGACUGAAAUCCGCGCUAUCAAUUUAGAUCCCAAGUCUACCGGCGUACCGUUCAAACCCAUCGGUAAUCUCACAAACGUAGUCGGGGUAGAGUUUGAUUAUGCAGAUAACAAAUUAUUCUUUACGCAAAUACGACCGUGGGCUAGAAUAGCCUCUAUGUCUGCGAAUAAUCCGGAUCCCUCUACAAUUAAAAAUAUCAUCAACAAAAAUAUCAAUCCGGAAGGUAUCUCCUACGAUUGGACACAAGAAAAAAUCUAUUGGACUGACAGUUCAAAUAACUCUAUCUACGCCAUGAACUUAGACGGCACCGAACUAGUGAUGAUCGCGAGAGUCGAGAGGCCCAGAGCCAUUGUGGUCGACCCGUGCAAUGGAACUUUAUAUUACACUGAUUGGGGCCGCUUCGGGACGUCCGGAAAGAUAUACAGAACUACUAUGGCCGGUUCGUUAAAGAAAGCCAUCAUCGAUAAAGAUUUGUCACAACCCAGUGGAUUGACCAUCGAUUUUGAUGAAAAUAUGUUAUAUUGGACAGAUGCCGUGCGAGAAAAGAUAGAGCGAUCGAAAUUAGACGGUUCCGAUAGAGAAGUUCUCAUAUCUGCAACGAUUUAUCCAUUCGCUAUAACAGUGUUUAGAAACUAUAUUUACUGGACCGACUUACAGCUGCGCGGUGUUUAUCGGGCAGAGAAGCACACGGGCGCCAAUAUGAUCGAAAUGGUUAAGCGGCUCGAAGACUCUCCGCGAGAUAUCCACAUAUACAGUAAAAGCAGGCAGAAGUGUCAAACGAAUCUCUGUGAAAUUAAUAACGGCGGUUGCGCGCACAGCUGUCAUCCUGCCCCCAAUAAAUCUGUCGAAUGUAAAUGUGACGAUAACACUAAGCUGGUCAAUGAAGGUCGAAUGUGUGUGUCGAAGAAUAUAACGUGCGACCCUAGCAAAUUCUUCUGUGCGAACGGUAAAUGCAUCAGUCGCAUGUGGUCCUGCGACGGUGACGACGACUGCGGAGACAACUCAGACGAAGACUACAACUACUGCGCCUAUCACUCGUGCUCGCCUAACGAGUUCCGCUGCAAUAAUGGCCGCUGCAUAUUCAAGUCUUGGAAAUGUGAUCACGAGAACGACUGCAAGGACGGUUCCGACGAGGAAAGCUGCGUUUAUCCACCGUGUGCACCGGGAGAAUUCACUUGUCUCAAUUCGAGGUGUAUUCCGAUGUCGCAGGUCUGCAACGGAAUAAAUGACUGCAAAGAUAAUAUUACUUCGGAUGAAACGCACGAACGAUGCCCGAGGAACACCACUUGUCCUCCUAAUCACCUAAAAUGUGAAAAGACCAAUAUUUGUGUGGAACCAUACUGGCUGUGCGACGGAGAUAAUGACUGUGGAGACAAUUCGGAUGAAGAUCCUCUACAUUGCGCUCAGCGAACGUGCCCGCAAAACAGUUUCCGCUGUCCGAACCAUCGCUGUAUUCCCGCUACCUGGUACUGUGAUGGAGAUGACGACUGUGGAGAUGGAGCUGACGAACCGCCGGAAUAUUGUCGUUUAGAAGGUCGAACGUGCUUCGGAGAUUUGUUCACCUGUGAUAAUGGAAACUGUAUUCCAAGAAUUUAUAUCUGUGAUGGAGAUAACGACUGCUUAGAUAAUAGUGAUGAAGACCAACGACAUCAAUGCAACGAAAGGAAAUGUGAUCCUGAAACCGAGUACACCUGUGAAGAGAACAGGCUCUGGAACAGAGCUCAGUGUAUUCCUAAGAAAUGGCUUUGCGAUGGUGAUCCAGACUGCAUCGAUGGCGCCGAUGAAAACUCUACAAUUCACCAUUGUUCUACACCGACACCGUGUUCGGAUGAUCAGUUCCAAUGUAAUAACGGAAGGUGCAUCAACUCCGGUUGGGUUUGUGACCACGACAACGAUUGCGGCGAUGGUUCCGAUGAAGGAAAGCAAUGUAACACAAAAUACAAAACUUGCACAGAUCAAGAAUUCCGCUGUCAGAACUUCAAGUGCAUCAGGAAUCACUUUAGAUGCGACGGCGAAGACGAUUGUGGCGAUCAUUCGGAUGAAGUAGACUGUGUAAAGGACAACAAGACGUGUCCAAACGGACAAUUCAAAUGUAAUAACGACCAAUGUAUCGAUAACAAGUUGGUCUGUAACAAAGUAUCUGACUGCACGGAUGAUUCUGAUGAGCCGGCGCACUGUAACGUCGACGAAUGUGCCAAGCUAGAGAUCAACCAAUGCGGACACAAAUGUAUCGAUACUCUGACGGGGUACUACUGUGAUUGUAACCACGGGUAUAAGCUAUUGGCCGACGGAAAGGCAUGCGCGGACAUCGACGAGUGUCUCGAGACACCUGGAGUCUGUUCGCAAUAUUGUUCCAAUACACCUGGUUCAUAUUACUGUAAAUGUAAUGAUCAAUACUAUGAAAGAGAAGCCGACGAGCACACGUGUAAACGAAAGGACAACACUACCGCAUGGGUCAUAUUCACCAACAAAUACUACGUCCGAAACAUGUCUACCGACGCCAGCCUGUACAAUUUAGUACAUCAAGACCUCAUGAACGUAGUAGCUAUAGAUUUCGAUAUAAAAGAGCAAAAGAUGUACUUCGCUGAUGUUUCUGCCAAAACCAUUUACAGAUCGGACUAUUCCGAUCCUAACCCAACCAAGGAGGUAGUAAUCAGACACGAUUCCCACGGCCUGGAAGGUAUAGCAAUAGAUUGGAUUGGCAGAAAAAUCUAUUGGUUGGAUAGACAUUCUAAGAAUUUGGAUGUGGCCGAGUUAGAUGGGACUAGAAGAAAAACGCUCAAAACAGGAAUAGCCGACCCGAGAGCCAUCGUAGUUCACCCCGGAACUGGCUACCUCUAUUAUACGUCGUGGCACUUGCAAGCUUAUAUAGGUAAAUUGGGUAUGGACGGAUCUAACUUUAGCACUAUUCUAAACUGGGAAAACGAUAUUGCGUGGCCGAACGCCUUGACAGUCGAUUACUUCACCGACAGAAUAUAUUGGGCCGAUGCCCACUUGGACUACAUCGGAUCGGCUGACUUAGAAGGGAAACAUAGGCACGUCGUCCUAUCCGGUAGUAAAGUACCUCACGUGUUUGCACUGAGUCUCUUUGAUGAUGAAAUAUAUUGGACCGACUGGAACUUGAAAGCUAUCAGCAAAGCUAAUAAACAUUCCGGCGAAAACUUAACUUUACUAAGGAACACAACUCACCGUCCGUACGAUAUUCACGUCGUUCAUCCUUUGCGACAACUGCCUUACACGAACCCUUGCGGUAACAACAACGGAGGAUGUUCUCAUCUAUGUCUGAUUGCGCCGCCGCACGCCUCGAGCUAUUUGAACAUCGAGGAAUAUGGCGAAGAAGGUGCCACCACAUAUAAAUGCGCUUGUCCAAACCAGUUCUAUUUAGCGCGAGACAUGAAAACGUGUAUAGCUAAUUGUACUGAUGGCCAACACAGAUGCAACGGUCGCGAUGAAAAGUGUAUUCCUUGGUUCUGGAAAUGUGACGGUGAGAAGGAUUGUAUGGACGGCUCCGACGAGCCCGACACUUGCCCGGUGAGACACUGCAGAGCCGGCUCAUUCCAGUGCAAGAACACUAACUGUACACCGGCCGCGACUAUAUGCGACGGCACAGACGACUGUGGCGAUGGCAGCGACGAAGCUCAGUGCGCCCACGAAUGUCCUCAACUUGAAUUUAAGUGCAAGACUAGCGGUAGGUGUAUAUUGGACAGCUGGAAGUGCGACGGCGACACUGACUGCAAGGACAACAGCGACGAAGAUCCCGCAAUGUGUCACAAUAGGCCGUGCAAGCCCGACUCCGAGUUUGCCUGCAAGAACGGACGUUGUAUUCCGAAAUUAUGGAUGUGUGACUUUGACAACGACUGCGGUGAUGAUUCCGAUGAGCCGGCUUACAUGUGUCGCCAAAAGAACUGCACCACGGGCUGGAGAAGGUGUCCAGGACAAUCAAAUUACAGGUGUAUACCGAAAUGGCUGUUCUGUGACGGUAAAGACGAUUGCAGGGACGGCUCCGACGAGUUACCAGAAAACUGUCCAAGCUGUAACAGCGAAACGGACUUCACCUGUGAAAACAAACGAUGCAUUCCUAAACAAUGGCUGUGUGAUUUCACCGAUGACUGCGGAGACGGCAGCGACGAAGUCGAGGCGGUCUGUCAACACAACUAUAGGGAGUGCUCGGAGUCCGAAUUCAAAUGUGGAAAUGGGAAAUGCAUAUCGUCCAGAUGGCGCUGCGACCACGAAGAUGACUGUGGAGACAACACAGAUGAGAUGGACUGCGGAGGUUUCAAGUGUAAGAACGGCACGUUCCAGUGUAAAUCGGGUCACUGCAUUGCAGCCUAUUUCCGUUGCGACGGCGACAGAGAUUGUAGAGAUUUGUCCGAUGAAAUCGGCUGUCCUCCGAGAUUCCCUGGCGGCAGAUACUGUCCCGAGAGCAGAUUCCAGUGCAGUAACAACCUGUGCGUGGCGCAAUCGGACUUGUGCGACGGGACGGACGACUGCGGCGACGGCUCGGACGAGGCCGCUUCCAUUUGCACUAACUUUAACUGCGACACCCUCAGACGCUUCCAUUGCGAUAACCAUCGAUGCGUGCCAAGGUACCAAGUUUGCGACGGCGUAGACAACUGCGGCGAUGGCUCCGACGAGAACAACAUGACGCUAUGCGCUGCGCGUGCGCGGCCUUGUGACCCUCUGACGCAGUUCCAGUGCGCCAACCGCCGCUGCGUGCCUCGCACCGCUCUGUGUGACCACAACGACAACUGCGGAGAUGGCUCUGACGAACGCGGGUGCCACUUUGCCCACGGAUGCACUGUUCAGGAAAAAGGUGGUUGCGAGCACCUGUGCAGCAACUUGACAGGCGGCGGGUACAUCUGCACCUGCUUCCCGGGAUGGAUCAUCUCGCCCGCGGACACCAAGCGCUGCGUGGACGUCGACGAGUGUGCCACAGGUGACCACCACUGUGCCCACCUCUGCACCAACCUCGCCGGGAGUUACUCCUGCGCCUGUCGAGACGGAUUUAGGUUGGCUGAUAAUUUCUCUGGGGUGUGCAAAGCGACAGAGGGUGAAAUAAUUCUGAUGUUCGCCAACGGUCCCGAAAUACGCGCCUUCGUCCAGGAUAAGAACGAGGAGUUCGACGUCAUCGCCUCCGAAAAGAGAAUCGAAGCGAUCGACUACGAUCCGAAACAGGAAAUGGUAUUCUGGGUGGACAGCUACGACAAGUCCAUCAAACGAUCGUACAUGGUCAACGCUCUCGACGGGCAGGUCAAGAGCGGGUUCGCGCAAGACUUAAAGAGCAAAGCGAACGCCAAACCGACCGGAAUCGCCGUCGACUACGUCGGAGGAAAUCUCUACUGGACGGAGGCCGAUCGGACCGGCUCCAAGCCGAAGGGCCGAGUGAUGGUCGCCCGAAACGACGGAAGGUACAGACGCGCGCUCGUCUCGGCCGGAAUCGAAGCGCCCACGUCACUGGCCCUAGACCCGCAGAUGGGCAAGAUGUACUGGGCGGACGCCGGAUCCGCUCCCAAGAUAGAGACCGCGUGGAUGGACGGCUCCAAGCGCCGCCCCAUCGUGACGGAGAAUGUCAGACACCCGACGGGGCUGGCGAUCGACUACGCCAUGGAGCACACCAUCUACUGGGCGGACACCAAGCUCAACACGAUCGAGUCCAUGAGACCGGACGGCUCCAACCGGCGAACGGUGCUCCAGGGCGAGCUGCUGAAGCACCCCGUGUCCUUGGACGUCUUCGAAUCGUCGCUAUACUGGGUCACCCGCGACACGGGAGAACUGGUGAGACAAGACAAGUUCGGAAGGGGCGUGCCGUUCGUCAUAUCGAAGGACCUCGCCAACCCGGCCGCCGUCAAAGUGUACCACCCCUCCCGCUACAACACGUCAUCGGCUCGGUCGGCCUGUGGGCGAUCGCCGUGCUCGCACCUGUGCCUGGCCGUGCCCGCGGGACACCGCUGCGCCUGCCCCGACCAGCAGUACGCGCCCAAACGGGCCACCGGAGACCAGCCUUGCGACGCCGCCGUGGAGCCUCCCCGCGCUCUGCCUCUGGCGUGUCCGUGCGAGAAUGGCGGCACUUGCAUCGAGGGCGAGGACGGCGCGGUCUCGUGCGCUUGCCCCGCCGGCCUCGAGGGACCCCGCUGCGCUCGCGGAGACGGAGCGUCGGGCGGCAGCUCCAGGGCGGGAGCCGCCUUACUCGUGCCGCUGCUGCUGGUGAUCCUGUUGGCUCUCGCCGGAGCCGCCGCUUGGUUCGUCGUGAGGAAGAGGCCCUUCGGCAAAGUCAGCGGACUCAGCAGUUUGGCUUCGUCUCAAAGCGUGUCGUUCAGACCAGGUUCCAAUGUGGAGUUAGGCGGCGUGGCCACUCCGGGCCCCGCGGGACCCGCCGCUUCCCACGUUGACUAUUCUCUGGAGCCCCGCAAGGGCAGAGACUUCACGAACCCUAUGUACGACGCCGUCACGAGAUCGGCUCUGCCCGAACCGGAACCGUUGCCCGGAAUAUACGAAGUACCCGAGGAGCUGAAAGAAAAAGUGGUAUCGGCGGUGAUCUCGCCCUCGUCGACCGAAACCCGCGGGGUUCCCGGUAAGAGGCCCCGCGCCCUGGACCCCGCGGCCGACACCGGCGUGGACACGCAGCAGCUGGUGCGCGAGGACCGCGAGUGCUAG